AUGAAUGUGAGCCGAAGGAUUGGGCGGCAUGUAAUGAUUCCCGACGGGUGGCAUUGUACAAGGGUAUAUUGGAGCUUGGGAUGCGUGUGCUUGAACAAGACAGUACUGUUUUGCCUUACCCAAUGGUCCAAGCAAAUACGGGCCCACAUGUUCAAGGCGGGACUUUUCAAUACCAAACGUCCAUUCUCUUAG